CGUCAUAACUGCCACACUCUUGGAUCAGAUUUCUGCAGUUAAUGAGAAUGAACUAAGUAUCAAGUAUUAGUAUAUAAAGUACCAUCGAUAUUCUAAUUACUCGUUUAUUUAGAUGCGACAAAGCAGUAACAGCAAGAAACUCACGAAUAUAUAAAUUGCAUUUCACCUGUACAUCUAAAGAUGACAUUAAACGGUAUUACAAUGGGCCUUAUCGCAGAGGUUUUGUUGCUUGUCACGGCGGUAGCCAUUGCAGGAACAGUUCAAUCUCAAAAUAGCAAUGUUGAAAGACAAAAUCGAUCCGGAAACGAACUGGUAUUUUAUUUAAUGGAACAACUGUACGACAUGAAGCCCAAAAUAGAGACGAUGAAAACAAAAAUCAAAGACAUGGAAGCUCAUAUAGCUACCCAAAAGAAACAGAUAGAGACUCUACAGAAUCGUAAAACUAUGAAAUGUGAAUCGGGGGUCGUUGAAAAAUACGCCAACCCUCCUCCAAGCUGGCCUUAUAUACAGAGCGUUCAAUUCCAAUCUCAUUUUGAGGAGAGGCCGACCUUAACGUACGGUCUGUAUUUUCUGGAUUCCGAUCGCAGUAUAUCUCCGGGUAAUAACGGAAAUGACCAAUGUUACCAUAACUGGAUUCCGGAUGAAACUUACCUCAUAGUUAUAUGGAGCUAA